AUGUCAGCCGACAACGCCCUGCCAGCAUCCCGCCGGGGACGACGGAAUGUAAAACCAGAUCUGAUGAUUGACCUCAGCAGAAGACUGGAGAACGAUAAAUACCACCCGUCCAAAAACCCGAGAGGUAUCAUCGAUCUUGGCUCCGCUGUCAACGAGCUGAUGUUUGAGGAUAUCGCGAGCUGGACCAAAUGCAACCUGAAGAAAACCGAGAUCAGCAAUAGUCUCGGAUACGACGACACUCAAGGAUCUCCAGAGCUCCUCAAAGCUGCAGCAGACUUCAUGAACGAGAAUUUCCACGCCCGGAUUCCCCUGACCGCCGACAACAUCCUUGCAGCUAACGGCGUGACAACCUUGCUGGACACACUUACCUACAAUAUCGCCGAUGAGGGCGAUUCCAUUCUUCUUCCGACACCCAGCUAUGGCAUGUUUGCCCACGACAUCUCCGCAAGAAACGGGAUCCGCCUGGUCGAGGUUCCUUGCGAUGACAUACCCGACGAACGGUUCACUGGGCCCCCACCGUCAAAGGACGAGUCAAGCCGUCAAUCUGAGCUCGUUUCUCGUCUAGAAAGCGCAAUCGAGCAAGAACUCGGCGAGGGCCGCAAAGUGGCUGGGAUUUUGCUGGCAAACCCCGAGAACCCGCUGGGUCGCUGCUACGCUGCCCACGUGCUACUUCAGGUAUCACAGCUGUGCGCGAGGUACAAGAUCCACCUGAUAGUAGACGAGAUAUAUGCAUUGUCGGGAGAUCGCUUCUCAAGUAUGUUGAGCUUGGGCUUGGACGUGAACUUCAGGAACGUGCAUGUGCUGUGGGGCAUGAGUAAAGACUUUGGCCUUGGCGGAAUCCGACUCGGGUUUCUCGCGACGUACAACCAAGAGGUACACGAUGCGAUGAGAACAUUAAGCAUGUUCGGUUGGGUAUCUUCGUUCAGUGCAACUGUGGCGACGAAGCUGUUGUGCGACAAGAAGUACUUCAGGGAACACUACACCCCGACGUUCAACCGCCGCCUCAAGAAGAGGCGACUUCUCGUUGAAGGCGAGCUGAAGAAGUUCGAUGUCCCUUACGUAGAGGCUGACUCAGGCUUCUUCAUGUUCGUGGACCUAUCAGAGUGGAUGGACUUCCUGUUCACAAAGUACGGCAAGGAUGGCGAACUGGAACUGUUGGAGUACCUGAUGGACAACCGCGUCUUCCUUGAACCUGGAAAGGCCUUCUUCUCCAAGGAGCCAGGCUGGUUCCGUUUGAAUUUUGGUGGGGAUAAACACACGGUGAAGACCGGUCUCCAAAGACUCUUCCGAUGUUUGAGAGCACUCGAGGGCAAGGAAGAGCCUCUCACUGUCGACGAUAUCACGCCGUAUCACCCACCCCCGCGCCAUCUGGCGCAUAUAGUCGCCGUGUGA